AUGCAUUAUAGUAUUCAUCGACAUGAUCAUCUUCUUCAAAUGCAAUUUAGUAUUAAUCGUCGUUUAUUGAGAAACAAUUGUCUCUUUUUUCUCAUAACAUUAUGUUUUCUUCAAUUAUUUUUUAUUUCAAUCAAAUAUAAUACUAGACAAGUGACAAAUAAUUUACAAUUAUAUGUUAAAAAACAAAAUGAAACGUAUAGUAAACAACAAGACCAUCAUUUUAAAUAUCUUCAAUCAAAAUAUUAUUCUGUUCAAUGUACUUUGUUAUAUGAAGAUGAUCAAGAUGAAAUAAAACAUGCUCUAACAUUAUUAUCUAAUAAAACAUAUUUAAAAUUAAUUGAUGAUAAAUAUUAUAAUAUAACUAAAGAACAAUGUAAAAAUUAUAAAUUACAACGUUUUAAUUAUCCCUAUCAUAUUAAUGAUGAACAAAAUAAAAAUUUUCCUAUUGCUUUUACAAUAUUGAUGCAUGAACAUGUUGAAGUAUUUGAACGUCUAUUACGUAUGAUAUAUCGUCCACAAAAUUAUUAUUGUAUUCAUGUUGAUAAUGGUACAUCUGUAGAUGUUUACAAUGGUGUAAAAAAUAUUGUUCAAUGUUUUGAUAAUGUAAUAUUAGUUUCAAAACGAGAACAAGUUGUUUAUGCAACAUUUUCACGAUUACAAGCUGAUAUCAAUUGUAUGAAUGAUUUAUUUAAAUAUCCACAUUGGAAAUAUUUGCUAAAUAUGGCUAAUACCGAAUUACCAUUAAAAACAAAUAAUGAAUUAGUUAAAAUAUUAAAAAUUUAUCGUGGUUUUAACGAUAUUGAAGGAAGAUGGAAGACAAGAAAUCCCCAUAGGACACAAUAUAGAUGGGAAACAAUUCCUACGGGAAAUACAGAUCAACAAUUAACAAUUAAAAAAACAGAUAGAAUGAAAAAACCACCACCAUCUCAUAUCGAAAUUGUUAAAGGAUCAGCGUACGGCGCAUUUUCACGACAAUUUGUAGAAUUUGUUCUAACAAGUUCUAUUGCAAAAGAAUUACUUGAGUGGUCACGUGAUACUUAUUCACCUGAUGAACACUAUUGGUCAAGUUUGAAUUUUAACACACACAUACAUGCACCUGGCUCAUACAAAGCAAAAGACGAUCCAACAAAAUGGACUGCCAGAUUUGUCAAUUGGGGAGAUCGAAAUUGUAAUGGGACCAUCGUACGAGGUAUAUGUGUACUUAGUACAGUUGAUCUCGCCUUAUUAGCAAAUCGACGUGAAUUAUUUGCUAAUAAAUUUAGUCUUAAUAGAGAUCCUAUAGUUUAUCAAUGUUUAGAAGAAUUGAUCAUGAAUAGAUCAUUAAUCAAUUUACCAUUAGUUGAUGCCGCUUAUUAUCGACAAAUGCCAUUUUUGCAACGAAUGUGA